UUCGCUUCCCGUCACUCGCAGCGUGCGGUUCGUCUUUCGCAAAAGACUCUCUACAAAGCAUUGAUAAAUAAUAAGUACACCAGCUCAGACUACUCAACGUUUUUACGUAGUUUCUGUUGCUCUCGUGAAAGUGAAAAGUGUCGUUGAAACUGUAAAACAAAACUGCAAACAACUGCAUAUACUACAAAAUCAAACAUAAACACUCUACUCAAGUGCUUGGCAAUUUAUUUAGUAAAUUUGCCAAAAAAUAAAGACUAUUCAAACUGUGUCUAAAACUGCAUAAACAGUAUAUAGCCGAUAUCGAAAUGGUUACCGGCGUUACAACAAACAUGAGCGCCAACGUAAUGGCAAACGCUGUGGUGCCCGCGCAGCUUAAGGAAACGCCGAUUAAAAGCGAUCGUCGGUCCAAUAAGCCAAUUAUGGAAAAACGUCGACGCGCACGCAUCAAUAAUUGUCUGAACGAGCUCAAGACGCUUAUACUAGAUGCCACCAAGAAAGACCCGGCGCGUCAUUCUAAGCUCGAGAAGGCCGACAUACUCGAGAAGACAGUGAAGCAUCUGCAGGAGCUGCAGCGUCAACAGGCCGCCAUGCAACAAGCCGCCGACCCGAAGAUCAUCAACAAAUUCAAAGCCGGCUUCACUGACUGCGCCAACGAGGUGAGCCGCUUUCCCGGACUGGAGCCCGCACAGCGUCGCCGCCUGCUGCAGCACUUGAGCAACUGCAUCAAUGGCGUCAAGUCCGAGUUGCACCAGCAGCAGCGUCAGCAGCAGCAAUCACUACAUGCCCAGGUAGUGCUGCCCUCACCCCCCAGCUCGCCCGAACAAGAGUCGCACACCAUGAGCAUCAGCAACAGCAGCAGCAGCGGAGCAGCAGCAGCUCCUUAUCUCUUCGGACAAAUACAGCAGAACGCCAAUGGCUACUUUCUGCCCAAUGGCAUGCAGGUGAUACCCACAAAGUUGCCAAAUGGCAGCAUAGCAUUGGUGCUGCCACAGAGCUUGCCACAGCAGCAGCAGCAGCAAUUGCUGCAGCAACAGCAACAACAGCAACAGCUAGCAGCAGCAGCUGCCGUCGCGGCCGCCGCCGCUGCAGCCGCCGCCCAGCAACAGCAGCAAUCAUCAUCGCCAAUGCUAGUCAGCAUGCCCCAGCGCACCGCCAGCACAGGCUCGGCCAGCUCCCACUCCUCGGCGGGCUAUGAGUCGGCGCCCAGCAGCAACGGCAGCUAUGCGCCACCGUCUCCCGCCAGCUCCAGCUACGAGCCCAUGGAUGUGAAGCCCUCGGUUAUCCAGCGUGCGCCGCAGUCCGCUGAGCAUCAGCAGCCGCUCUCCUUGGUAAUGAAGAAGCAGAUCAAGGAGGAGGAGCAGCCCUGGCGGCCCUGGUAAACAGAGCGAGCCAGACUUUGUCUCUCUCUCUCUCACACACACACACACACACCGCUUUAAAGACUGAUGGGCCACACCCACACACACAGAGUUGCGCAGGCGUCGCAGCUUACAUUUCAUCACACAUUUCAUUUAAAGGAUUAAUGUUGCUUUGAGAUGUUCCGAGCAUGCCUUAAAAAAUUGUCUGCAAUUCGCUUUUGUACUUUUCUUCAACGAAAAUCUAACAGCGAGCUGAAGACAUUCAUCAACACACACACACACACACAUACACAUGCUUGUUAAUAUUUAUUUAUUAUUAUUAUUUAUGCUAAUCGUGAAAUGGUAUUCUGCAAAAAAGAAGAAGAAGAAACAAAACAAUUGCCAAACUACCUCAGUCCAAGUACUUGGUGUUGAAUUGCCUCAUUGUAUCAUGUAUUAGUAUUUGUUGUUGUUGCACACACACACACAUACACACACAGCAAUAAGAUCUACAAAGUCUUCCAUAAAGCGCAAAACAAAUGUAAAUUAACUUAAGAAUACCAAUCAUAUCUCUUCAGUUUAAUAGAAACUAGCGCCUAAGUAUAUUUUUAUUUUUGCACUUAAUGAAAGUAUCUACCUAUAUUUUAAUAGCUAUAAGGCCACGUGAUAUAGUAAGCAUAAAGAGCGUCUAAGAAACAAGAAUUUGAAGGAAAAAACACUAAACAAAAACUAAAACAACAAAACUAAAAAAAUAAUAAAAUAUGAGAAAAACGUU